ACUGAAUACAGUACAUCCCGUGAUAUCCAAGCACUGUCAUUCUGCCCUUCCAGGUGGUUGCGAUGGAUGAACUACGUGCUAGGCAUCGCAAAGAGCAGAAAGAUCUUCAAGGUAAAAUCACACAGAAGAAAAAAGCGGCGACCAAAAAGACCCGCAAAGGCGUCAAUGAUGAAUGCGACGUACUGGAACGAGAACUGAAAGAACGUCAGCAAGAACAAAUCUUGGCUCUUUCUGGUGAAACACAACAUCUAAGUGAAGAUGCUACCACCGAGUCUGACCCUGACGUUGAACCAACUGGAUCCUCCCGUGAGGGGCAGCUGGAAGCCAGCAUGAAAAAUGUCGCAUUGUCUUCAGAAAGCCAGCCCGCAGAACAGGACGAGACUCCACAUAAGAAGCCCAACCGUCAAAAGGCACGACUAGCCCGCCGUGCAGCAGAACAAGCAGCAGCAGCAGAGCAGGCAGCUAGUGAAGCAGCAUCUCUUCCGGAUCUUCGUGAGCAGGAACAGAACCAGAUGGCUCAGCAUUUCUCAGAACAUGGACUAGCUGUCAAGGAGAUUCGUGCCGAUGGACACUGCUUAUAUUCUGCUGUAGCAGAUCAGAUGACGCAGCUCGGGCUUGGACUGAAGCCACGAAUCACACCCAAGCUGUACACAAAUGCUAGCGAGGGCACUACACCCGAGUACAAGAUCGUCAGGGAAGUGGCAGCAGACUUUAUUGAGGGGAAUAAGGACGAUUUUGAGCCAUUUUUGGAGGAGCCCCUAUCGGACUAUAUCCAAAAGAUCCGUGACACUGGAGAAUGGGGUGGUCAUAUGGAGCUCAUGGCUUUAGCGAAAAGCUACGGUGUGAAAAUUAAGAUUCUGCACGGUGAUGGUAGGGUGGAUGAGAUUGAGCCAAACAUUAAUGUGAAAGACCCGGAAGAGAUCUGGCUCGGAUACUACCGACACGGUUUUGGGUUGGGAGAGCAUUACAACUCACUCCGGAAAGCACCUUGAACUUUCAGUCUACACAGUCAGGUGGUUCUGACUGAUGUUGUGAUCUCUUUGGACAAUAUCUGAUCAAAUGAUUGAGGGCUCGUCAACUAUGAUGACUCCAGAUCGACAUCCAAUCUGUCCCCUCACCAAUCUUAUGCGUUCUAUCGGGCUUCC